CCCUCUCCUUCCUUCCUGCGCCGCGCUCUCGCCAAGCCUCCGCUGUUUAAAUGGGCCAAGUUGAGAAGCGGCGGAGAGUGCAAAUCUUGUUUGGUCUGGGUCUGUGAACUUCAGCGUGACUUCAGCAACACCCAGCAGUCUGAAUCUCAACAACUCUUUCUAAACUUUCAGCGGCAUUAAUGACGCGAAAAUUCUCAGUUUGAGUUUGGUUUCUGAUUAAUAACGUGUGGCAAUGUGGUUUAUUUAAUUUUUAUUUUUAUUUAUUUAUUUAUUUAUUUUUUUUUUUUUUAGAUCAGCUGUGAAACUGAAAUACUGGUCAUAUAUAACUCCCUACUUGCCCUUGGAAGUAAUUGGUCUGGCUUUAUUUAAAUUUCGCCUCAUUAUAAUCAUAUUAAAACAUCUUUUAAUUUUUACCCAAAUGUGAUAGGACGAGUCACUCUGAGCAGUGGUGAUCUAACCUAAUGUAAGUGGCUCAGGGCUUCCCAGCAUGUCAGGUAUUAGCAGAGCGAGCGAGAUUAAAUGUGGGAGGUAGGAGAGCUGCGACGCUGCCGCUGCGAGCUGGAAACUACUGAAUGGGAAUCUAUCCGGCAACUUCAGCAGACCGCUCUCUCACGGCGACACGGGGGCUCCUCUGCGUAAAACCGAGCGGCGCGUCUUCCAGUCUGGCUCAGCCCCGCUUGCACGCCAGGAGGACGCUCAAGUUGGAUCGGGCGCGCAGCUUCUCACUCGUUCCCGGCGCUCGGCUCCCACUAACAUGCCUGCCAUCAAGAAGGAGCGGCUGGAUGGAGACGACAUGGCUCUGACCGCCUUCAACCAGUCCGAAUACCUGGCCCCUUUAAAUGCCACCGCCAUCCCCGUGGUGACCCCGCACCCGCCGCCCUACGAGCACAUUUUCGCCCAUCACCGCGCGUACUUGGGGCUCCACGACUCGGCGCUGCAUCACCAGCACCUCCACCACCACACGGACGACUUGAUGCUGGAGAGGUUCUCCUCAAUCCCGGACUUUCAGCCCUUCUUCGACAACGGGGAGCCGUGCAUUGAGGUGGAGUGCGGCGAAAACAAGGCUUUGCUUUAUAUCAACAAACUGUGUCAGGGCAGUAAGGGACCCUCGAUAAAAUACAGGGGCGAGUGGCUCACCCCCAACGAGUUCCAGUUUGUUAGUGGACGGGAGACUGCCAAAGACUGGAAGCGGAGCAUUAGACACAAAGGAAAAAGUCUCAAGACUCUCAUGUCCAAAGGAAUCUUACAGGUGCACCCUCCUAUCUGUGACUGUCCUGGCUGCCGGAUUUCGUCUCCAGUGAACCGCGGGCGCUUGGCAGAGAAACGCACCAUCCCUCUUCCGCCCAACCGGGUGCCCAAGAAGGAACUGGCUUCAAUUUUCAGCAGUGACGACAGCGAAGGCAGUGAGCGGGCCAGCGGGGAUCAUGCCCACAUCAAGCAGGAGGAGGAUUUGCAUUACAGUAUCAUGAGAAAAAGUCGGGACGGUGACCUCUCUACAAUUAUCUCCAACCUGCACCACACCAGACAGCACGGUAUGCCCGAGGAGCAGUCAGCCUCUGACCACAGCACCAGUACUCGACACACAGACGACCUCCUGGGAAAAAGGAGAAGCUUCUCUCCCAACAGCAGCAGCGAUUGUCCCUCUGAUAGCAAGAAGUCACGCAGUGUCUCUCCAAAAGAAAACUCCCAGAGUCCCGUGGUGGAGGCAGGCGGCAGCCACGGCCACAUGAGCACCGUGGAGCAUUACAGGCGCAUGAUGUCAGCGCUCAGCGAGCAGGGAUCCUUCGAGGAGCAGCAGCAACGCCUCUACCAGCUGGCGAGCAGCAUGGGCCUUCCUGGCCACGACAUACUGCGGGCUCGUCAGGAGGCGCUGGCUGCGGCAGUCAGGAAUCCUGCAGCCUUAGAGGCCCACCUGCCCUCAGCGGGCAGCUCUUCAUCAUCCAGCCAGAGACGUAAGCAGGGCCUGCCGCAGCACCGCGACGCGCAUUACACUGACAGAGAGCUGUCCCAUCCUCCGCCCCUGCUGUCCCCUCCAACUGCUCCUCACGUCACCUUAGGGCCUCACCUGCGGCCCCCCUUCCUGGGCAUGCCCUCUGCCCUCUGCCAGACUCCUGGUUACGGGUUCCUGCAGCCGGCCCAAGCGGAGAUCCUGGCUCGACAACAAGAGCUUUUAAGGAAGCAGAAUCUGGCCAGACUCGAGAUGUCGGCAGAGCUGCUGAGACAGAAGGAGUUGGAGAACCUCCACCAGCAGCAGCAGCAGCAGCAGCGACUGCUCGGGUCAGACCCUCUGGGAGCCCUUCCUCCUGGCCUGCCCCCCGACCACCCGGCCCUGCGCAGUCUCCACGACAUCCCUGAGGGACACCCCCUACGCGAGGAGCUCCUCCGCCGUUCCAAUGCGAUGCUGGUGCUUCGCCACGGGGCCGCCACUCCCCUCCUCACCCUAAACCAGCAGCAGCAGCAGCCAGGGGCGUCGUCCACGCCCAAGGACACGCAGGCGCAGAGCUCCGUUGUCGGGCCGGGUGCCGAAUCUAGAAAGGCCAAUCGCAGGGAGGCUCGGACGGAGCUCCGCGCCGGGGAUCACAGAGGAGGAAGAGACGACGGGGGAAGGGAAGGAGACAUGGAGGUGCACGACGAGGAGAUGAAGGACUCAGACAGCGAGACAGAGAUGAGCGAAGAGAGGCGAGAAGGGCUGGUUUCCAAGCCCGGCAGUAAACCCAGGGACAGAGAGAGGAUCAGGGGCAAGGAGGCUGGCAGCAAGGCGGGGUGCGAGAGCGCCAAGGAGACUGGAGGGAGCACAGGGAGGCUGAGCGCCUCCAGCUCAGCAGAUACCGAGUCACCUAGUCGCAACCUUUUCACCCCUGGACUUGGCAAGGCCGAUCUCAAAUAUCACCUGCCACCGGGUUUCAUACCGCCAUUGCCUGCUCUUCACGCCCAGUCGCUGCCCUUUGGAUUUCCCUACGCCAGCCCUUACUUUCCUGCGGGCUCUUUGGGGGGUCUUUUCAUGGACGGGGAGGACUCAGCCACGUCAAACCCUGUGGAGGACGUCAGCAAGUGGAGCGUGGAGGAUGUGUGCGGCUUCAUAAGCAGCCUGGCUGGAUGUGCCGAAUAUGCGCAGGUGUUUCGGGAGCACGCCAUUGAUGGGGAGACACUGCCGCUGCUCACUGAGGAGCACCUGCUCAACACUCUGGGACUAAAGCUGGGGCCUGCGCUCAAGAUCCGCUCUCAGGUGGCGCGUCGUGUCGGCAGGCUCUUCUAUAUGACAGGAUUUCCUCUGGCGUUCCCGUUUCCACCUUCUGCCGUGCUGCGCCCCCCGGAUCGGGACAGAGACCCCCCGCCCGCGGCGUCCGACCCCCCGCUGCCCAUGUCUCUGUCCAUGCCGCACCGGCCCACCUCAACCAGCAGCAGCUCUUCUCCGUACAGCGGCCCUACGGCCGGAUGCUCGUCCCCCAAACAGGAAAACGGCACCGGCUCCGCAGUGGUGGGGCGGUACGAGGCUAAAACCCCCUCGUAGGAGCAGACGCGCCGACGUGAGCGAACCAGACUCGCCGACAUUUGAGACAUUUCAAAUCGACGGUGAAAAAUUAGACUGGAAUAAGAGACUAGUGGACAGAGUCUGCAGUGGCUUGGAGACGAGCAGAACCCAAAGAAACCGGGCUGGAAGGGAGAAAUGCGAAGUGACAGAGGAGCGGAGGACGAGGGGGGGAAAAGGGAGACAGCUGGUCGCAGACGGAUUGCCAAGAAAAAGAAGCAGAGCCCUGCCACAGGACGCGACAUUCUUGCAAAUCAGACAGACACUAGCGGAAACUCUUCUCUCCUUCCUGGGCAGGAGGAAGCUCUCCUCACUCACUCUGUGUUUCUCCAGAAUCCAGGAAUUAAGAGCAGUGCGUCUCCCUCCUUCUUCCUUCCCUGAGGCCAAGCAGCAGCGUCACCCUGUGCUGAAAAAGCACCAGCUCCCUCUUAUAUCACUGCAACUAUGCAUUCCACUGUCCUGAUACCAAAGAUGACCGGACGUGUGGAACAUGAACUCACCAUGUGUCUGCUUCUUUUUGCAUUAAUGGCCCCACAGGGAAUUGCCGAGGUCGGGCCUCGUACAGCGGACUCUGAGGUAGACCUGUCAUCCACUGACGCAUAUCCCAAACAGAGGAGCCUCAUGCAGCUGCAUCUCAAUAAAUUCAAAUAUUAUUGAAAAGUUCAUUUAUUUCAGUAAUUUGAUUCAGAAACUGAAAAUCGUGUAGAUUCAAUAGAUCAGUACUUCAAUAGUUUGUUGGUUUAGAUCAGCGAUGUCAAACUAAGUUUUAUUUGGGGCGACAUCAAGUUCAUGAAUGUACUGAAAGAGCCAGUUGUGGCAAAAUAUAUUGAGAAAACGACAUUAAAGUGUUAAAAUAUGAAUAAAUCGGUGUCUGCAUUUGAUGACUUAAUACUGAACAUCUUUUUGCAUUUAUAGAAUUUGGCAAAAUACAGAGAAACCUGCUUUGACUUCAUGAAACAACGUUAAGGCACAACUGUUUCUGUGAAGGCUCUAGUGUCUCUCUUUAGGGUUAAGAAGGCCACAUAAAAAAUUAUGGUGGGCCAGAUUUGGCCCCCGGGCCUCGAGUUUGACAGAUGAUUAGCGUACAGCUAAUGAAAUAAAAAACACUCUCCCCCCCAAAAGGGAUUCAAUACAGAAAUGUGAGGCUGCUGUUAUAGGUGUUACUUUUGCAGUGAUUUCUACCACACUUUUUCCCUCCACUCAAUUUUCAAUGAACACACUAGGAUACAGAACUUGGAACAACCGGUUCAUUUUUUUUCUUAGUAAAAAAGAAUUUGCUGGCCUGAAAACUGAAUUAUGGAUUUUCAUUAGCUGUAAAACAAAAAAAAAAAACAUUUUAAAUGCAUUUGUAAUUAAUCUAUAUGGAGUUCCUCUCGUUGAAAUUAUGGAAAUACAACUUUUUAAUGAUAUUUAGUUUAUUUUGAUGCACCGUGACAAUUUGAGGACAACUUAUCAGACAUGGAGAAACCUCAGAGGGCGUCUACGGCGUCCCUUGUACACUUGUGUUGACUACUAUUAGUAGGACAAACAUGCAAAAUUGUACAGAAUUGCGCUUAAGAUGAAAAUAUUCUGGUGGUACUUUUUGUUUAACGUAGUUGCACGAGUAAGAAUUUCUUUACUGACAAAUGUGACUUGCUGAACUUUGGUGGUACUUUUGUUCAUUUUCUUAAGAAAAAAAAAAGUAUAAAAAAAAGAUGCUCAAAUGCUAACCCAGCAUAUAAAUAUGAGGACAAAAAUAUUUAUAGCAUUUUGAUGUAGUAGAUAAAAGCAGAUUAUGAUAUGUAUUAAAAAUCAGCCCUUACAAUGGAUUCCAAAGAUAACUUUUACUUUGUUUUCUCUUGGUUGCAGGGAAAAAAAGGCACAAGAAGCUCUUAAUGCAAGUGUUUUGAAUUUCUUAUGGAUUUUUUUUAACUAUAAAAAGCAAUGAAUUAAUAAAAAAAUGUUCUCUAGAUUUCCCUUCAGAAGUUUUGUUUUCAUCCUAUUUUUCUAUUCACCACACAGGUGAAAUAAAUCCUACAGAAAAAUU